AUGAGCAAACCAUCAGUUCUCAUCAUCGGCGGAGGCGUCUUUGGAACCUCGACCGCCUACCAUCUUGCCGAGAGAGGCUUUGACCAGGUCACAGUGGUCGACCGCUUCGAGCCGCCGUCCAGAGAUUCUGCCGCGACGGACCUGAACAAGGUCAUCCGUGCCGACUACCCCAACCCUCUGUACGCCAAGCUCGGCCUCGAGACCCUUGGCGUCUGGAAGGACCCAAGAUCCCUUUUCAAGGGUCUCUACAAGGAGACGGGAUGGGUCAUGGGCGGCCAUGAAGCUACCAAUGGAUGGCUCGAGAACGCCAAAGACCUGGCGCGGAGGACUAACCGUCCUGGUGUCGAGUAUUUGACUGCUGAGCAGAUGAGACAGAAGUGGCCAGCUUUGAGUGGAGAAUUUCCGGGAUGGACUAACUUGUAUAGUCCUCAAGCUGGAUGGGUCCCCUCCGGCCAAGCCCUCCUCCGAAUGGCGCAAGCUGCCCAGGCAAAGGGCGCCAGAUACAUCACAGGUGACGCAGGCCACAUCAAGAAGCUGCUGUACGACCGGGACGGGACAUGCAGGGGUGCCGUGGCAGCCAAUGGUCAGCUCCAUCAAGCCGACAUGGUUGUCGUGGCAGCUGGAGCAAGCCUGCCCGCCCUGGUCGAUGGAGCAAAUGAGGACGUGGUGGCACAGACUUCGGCAAUCUGUGUCAUUCAGCUUGAGCCUCACGAGGUUGAGAAUGUGAGGCUUGUGACCAACUACAAGAACCAUGAUGUCCCUGGUGCAUCUAUCCUGCACUCUGUAGGCGACUAUCCAGAUGAUGGAUGCCCCAAGGAGCUGGAGGAUGAGAUCAGGCAGUUUGUGCGCGAGAUGAUUCCCGAGCUGGCCGAUCGACCAUUCGUCACGACCCGACUCUGCUGGGACGGCAUGGCCAAAGACCUCAACUUCCGCAUCUGCCCCUACCCCUCAACCAAGAACCUCUACAUCGCCACAGCAGGAUCCAACCAUGGGUUCAAGUUCCUCCCCGUCAUCGGCAAGUACGUGGCCGACAUGCUCGAGGGAAAACUGGCCAAGGAGUGGACGGACCUCUGGAGCUGGCGCUUCGGCAAGGUCCCCGCCAACUUCCAGGAUCCUCACCCGUUCCCCCUCCGAGACCUUUCCGAGUUGACGGGCUGGAAAGGGAGGAACGCCCCUGGCGCGGGAAAGCUUCCCUGGACAUGGAGCCGGAGUCGUUUGUAA